UGUAAAGACUGGAGCAACUGACAGUUCUGGCCAGACGUUCCUUUGCAAUAUUCAACAAAAAUUGAGACCACUACUGAGGUUGUCUUGGAAACGGCCAAUUAACCUGACAGUCAGACUGUAUAUGUCUAUUUAAUCGCCGUUUUUAUAAGGUUUGUUACUCUAUUCGCUGCCGAGAACACUGCUGACAACAAAAACGGUCAAUAUCUAGAGCUUUUGAUCGAGUAUCUUUCUGAAAAUUUUGUCGGUACGAACUCCAUCGACAACGCUUUCUGGAUAUAUGCUGUGAAGUGUGGUUCCCUCCGACUGGCAUGGGCAUGGGUAUGGUUAAGAAGAUCUGGUGAUUGACCUUCCGUUCCUCUAGGAAAAGAAGAGAAUGCUGCGUGCGUACUUGACAAGCGGCUAAGAAAGCUUGUUACAACAACACUGAAAACCUCGGAAAACUCGAAGUGGUUUUGACAUAGCGGCAACCUUACUGAAACCGACACGCUCAAAUACUGCUUAUUUCACGUGAACGGACUGUUUUUGCCUAGGUACGACUUAGUUAUGAGUUAAGAGUGAUUGUCGUGCUGGGAUUGACAAACGCCCUGCAGUUUUGACAGGCGCACGCUGAACACAAUAAAGUCACAAACAAAACGGACCUUUUUUCUUUAUGCAGUCCACCAUCUUUGUGGCUUCGGUGGCACCUGCAGCUGGCAAACUAAACUAGCAACAUCCAGAAGCUUCAUCAAUCCCAAGACUCGUCAUCAAGUUUCUACACUACACAUAUUAAUAUCCGGCCUUGGACGCGACACAGCUGCGGAAUCAGUAAACACCGGCUAAUCACUUUUUGGUGUUUUCAUAUUGAUUAUGACUGAAUAUCAGAAUUGACUUUGUUCUUGAACUGGUGUGGGUGGUUUAGGUGUUAGGUGCGAUAUCGCCUAGACUUGCAUUCACGAAGCCAGCUUCUAGGGUGACACAUUUUAGUGAAGAAAGAACAAUGUCGUAUUCCACUUUUUUGCCGUCUACUAGUAACCAUUCAUCUCCAGAGGAGGAGGGUUUGGAAACCAUGCCAGGACAUCACCUUAAACAUUUAUUUCGUAUUUUCGUAAAGCCAGAAGUGGACGCCAUUUAUUUGUGGCCAACGGCGAGGAUACUUUUUCCUUGUAAGCUGUUUGUAGAGAUACUUGGAUUGUUGGUUCACAUCAUUGGAAUGACAGCGCUGUGCUUUUUGAAGAAACCCUUAAAACUGUAUCACUUGCUUCUUAUAAACAUGGCGGCAUCGGGCUUUUUGAUCUUGUUCGUGUCAUUCCUGAAUUCUGUCAUCGUGCUCUGGCAGCAGACGACUGUGUCGCAGACCACCCCUGUCGCCCCCCGAUGGCAUCAGUUCCAAUGCAGCGAUGACGUCAUUGCUGAUAUAUUACGUCACGUUCACCUUGUUCCACUUUUCGCCAUUUCUGGCCUCAUCAUCAAUCAACAUGUGGCCGGAACAGCGCAAAGUAUGUACCAGUUUGUGGUCAACCGAACCAAAAUUGUGUCUGGGAUAAUUGGAAUUUAUGUUUACACCGUCGUGAUUUAUUCAAUAUUUCAUAUUAUUUAUUCAAACGUGUACUCAUAUGAGGACUGUUUCACGCGAUACAAUGGCCCGUACAUCAUGGCCUCCAAUUGGUAUCUUGGUACCCUCUCCGUGCUCGUGGCAGUCAUAGACUGCGUUCUUCUCUUUCGCCUUUGCCGCCAGUCGAGGAAACUACUCAACGCCAGACGACCCAAAAAUGAAAAAGUCAUACAUGUUGUACAAGUCGCCGAAUUUGCCGAUUUGAAAAGUUUGCACGAAUUUAACAUCACUGUUGCGUGUCUGUUCGCAGUGAUGGCAAUAUUUUAUUCCCCGAGCGUCAUCGUAUUUCUUGUCAUAGGCAUGGUGACAAGUAGCGGCGGGCGGAUAGAUGCCUAUCUUGUCAUUGCGCAGACGACUGGCUGCUUCAUCGCCGCCAUUACGUCUGUGCUCGUGCCAUUAGUGUGCGCACGCAGGAUUUGUGACGUCCAAGAUGGUUACAUAUCUCUCUGGGGGGAACUCCGCAGCGUCUUGACCCGCGAAGAACAUGUCCCAAUGGCUGUAGAAUCGGCCUCAGCGGACCGUGAGAUAGAAGAGACGCUCUGUUAAUGGUGCUUUAACUGUCUGAUAAAUUCAUACAAUGGCUUUGUUACAAGUUGCUCCAGUAGAGUGAAACCUUGGAAACUCACUGCACGUAAAGAUGAAUAUAUACAGCCCAAGUCAAAGAAAAAGGUGAAGACUAUAUCUGUUAAUAUUCCCAAACUCAGAGACGAAGAUCUGAAUAAUUAUCAAGGGCUCUCUGAAUAUAAGUGAACAAAAUUCUCAUUUCAAAACUGAGAAAAAUUGACAAAAUUUUUCAAAUGAUGGUAAGCGGUUUUGUGUUGCCCCGCACUCUUGGACGUGACAUUUAACCCAUGUCAGUAACAAAAUUGUAUAUCAUUCCUUAUAAUAUCCCCCUAUUAUUAUUUUUUUAAAAUUAUUUGCGUUCUCCUGUACUCUUGGGCGUGAUAUUUUACCCAUGGAAGUGACAGUAUUGUAUAUCUUUCUUAAUAUCCCCCAUUUUCUCCAUUUCAUCGACUGUCUUUUUAGAAGUCAACUCUUUCAAAAUAUUUUUACCAAUUUAGUCAUUUUACUUGGUAUCUACAUAUAAAUUCGUAUAAAGGCAAAGGUGCACUUGUCGUGGUAAAGCUGAAAUAUUGACCAGUACCUGGACAAAUUUCCAAUACUUUACAAGUCCGGUUUUAAGCAACAGAUGUUUCUUGUAACAGAGACUCUAGUUCCCAUUAGAUGCAUAUAGGUUAGUGUGAGCAUGACGUGACCGUGUUCAAAUCCAGGACGCGAAAGACCUACAGGUACAAGUCGAUGGAGAGCCCGUGUAACGUGAGAGAGUCCCCAAUGAUCGAGUCCGUUUCCCAUUCACUUGUACAGGUAAGCCCCGCCCUAGAUUUUGUCCCACUUGGAUAAGGUUAACCCUAACCAUGAAAAAGAGGGCGGACUUUCUGUUACACUGACCCUCAGUUUCGUUACCCAGGACCUGUGUCACAGAGAACUUUCGUAUAUGGCACGGAUCCACUAUUCUGGCAUUUGGCACGGAACCAGUGCAUAUACAUAUUGCAUGUCCGAUUUCACUUUAAAAUGUGAAUACUUCAUCUUUAAACAUUUUCAAAUAUCAGACAUGAGGCAUAUCACUGUUGGGGUGUAACAGAAGACAACGGAAUAUAACUGUCGUUUAAUUAACAAGUAGGGCCUACA